AUGAGCUCGCUCAGUGUUCAAGAUGAUUCCCCGGGCCCCGUUUGUGCGCUCGCGUUCCGGACCUUUGAUGAUGGACACCAGCCACAUUCGCCCCGCCGCUAUGCUAGCCUGAGCCGGAGUGUUUCGACCGGCAGAUCUCCUUCGCCAACCACCACCACCGUCAGCGGCAGCAGAGUUGACGAUGUGGCGUCCACGGGAGACUUUCCCCAAUUCACAAAGUUACCACCGGAGCUCCGGCUCAAAGUCUGGGAGUGCCUCAUACAGCCACGCAUCGUCGGCGUAUGCUGCCUCCAGAAUGACACACGCGGGGGAUACCAACCUGGCGAGAAGAUCGCUGCCCGUCGCAAGGAACUGGACGCGCGCACGACGCGUGGGAACCAGGUACCAGCCAUCCUGCACGUCAACAGCGAAUCUCGCGCCCUGGGCUUGAAGCACUACGAGCUCACCUUUGGGUGGCGCAUCAAGGGUAGCAGGCCGAACAGCGCACCGCCACGGACCUACUUCAACUUUGCCCAAGACGCACUCUUCCUCACAGGCGACCUUGAGGCCUACGACUCGUUUGGCUUCAACGCGCCCAUGGUGUACUACUUGCGCAAGGAGGAUACAGCACGAGUUAAGCACGUGGCCUGCCCCUUUCGGGAGCUGGGCUACCCCCAUCAACACAGCGACUUGAUCUGGGGCUGCCUGUGGCACAUUGUGGACCGAUUCAAGGCGGCUACCCGCUUGCUGCUCACGGUGGGAGAGGGCGAUGAGGAGCGUCUUGGCCGCGCGGGCCACGCAGGACCUGACCUGGUGACGGGCACAGCGACGCCUGGGCUGACGAUGGCGGAAAACGAGAGCAUGGCGGGCCAGAUGCAGACGCAGCAUGCGCUGCAGAAUAUAUGGCGGGCUUGGCUCGGGGGCCGCACGGCGACGAACUCGACGAUGGCAGAUAAGCAGAUGCUGCUGGUCUCGGAGGCGGAGCUGAUGAACUUUGUGACGAGACAGGCUCAGUAG